GUUCACGGUCAGGUUGGGGUGAAGUUCCGGAACUGGGCCGGCACCUAUGGAUCGGAUCCCGAGCUUUACUUCCAGCCCGAGUCGGUGCAGGAGAUCCGGGAGGUACCGGAGCCGCUCCGGGAAAACCAAAAAUUACCAAAGGUGGUGGGGGGCGGCCACUCCCCCUCGGACAUCGCCUGCUCCGACCAUUUCAUGAUCCACCUGGGAAAAAUGAACCGGAUCCUGCGGGUGGACACGGAGAAGCUGCAGGUGACGGUGGAAGCGGGAAUUCUGCUCUCGGAGCUGAACCCGGAGCUGGAUAAACUCGGGAUGGCCUUGGCCAACCAGGGAGCCGUGUCUGAGGUGACGGCGGCCGGAGUCAUYGGCACCGGGACCCACAACACCGGCAUCGCCCACGGAAUUCUGCCCACCCAGGGGCUUCACUCGUUUGGCCUGCUUGAUGGCAGCGCAUGUCUCACAGUCGUGGAUAACCUGGGAGAUACUGUCUAUGGGCUCUAUACAGUUGCUUUCUACUUUCGGUUCAUCCUGACGAUGCGACAGGAACUAUCAGUGAAGAGAGCGUAG